AUGGCCCUGGACGGGAGCGGCGGCGGUGGCACGUGCGUGGCGGAACUGGAGGCCCUGCUGGGGGCCGGGGGGCUGCAGCUGCUGGAGCAGCAGAUCGUCAUCAUCUCCACCCAGGACGAAGGCCCGCUCAGCGCCGCCGCUGUCCCUGUCACCGCCGAGGGGCCCCGGGAGACCGAGCUGCUGCUGUUCGCCACACCCCAGGCUCCCCGACCCGGAGCCAGCGGACCCAGGCCUGCCUUGGGCCGGCCUCCGGUGAAAAGGAAGCUGGACUUGGAAACAGACCAUCAGUACAUAGCUGAAGGCAGCCAGCCAGCCCGGGCCAGGCCCAGACCCCCUGGCAAAGGUGUGAAGUCCCCGGGGGAGAAGUCUCGCUAUGAGACUUCGUUGAACCUGACUACCAAACGCUUCCUGGAGUUGCUGAACCAGUCUACAGAUGGUGUGGUGGACCUGAACUGGGCAGCCGAGGUGCUGAAGGUGCAGAAACGGCGCAUCUAUGACAUCACCAAUGUGCUCGAAGGCAUCCACCUCAUCACCAAGAAGUCCAAGAACCACAUCCAGUGGCUGGGGAACCAUUCUGUAGCCGUCAACACCAGCAAGCACCAGAUGCUGGCCAAGGACCUGCAUCAUCUCCAGGAGGCUGAGAGGCAGCUGGAUGAUCUGAUCCAGAUGUGCACCGUUCAACUCAAACUGCUCACUGAAGAUGCCGACAAUCAGCACUUGGCUUAUGUGACCUGCCAAGAUCUACGCAGUAUAGCAGACCCUGCAGAACAGAUGGUCAUGGUGAUUAAAGCCCCACCUGAGACGCAGCUCCAGGCAGCAGACCCUGCAGAGGCAUUCCAGAUCUCUCUGAAAAGCAGCCGAGGUCCCAUUGAUGUGUUCCUGUGUCCUGAAGAAAGCUCUGAUGCGUGCAGUCCAGUGAAGAGUCCCUUUAAAGCAGCUCCUGAGGAGACUGGCCUCAGUCUGGAGCCCACACCUCCGCCCCAGCCACCGCCGCCACCACCCAGCCCCAUCACAGCCUCCACGCAGGAAGGCAGCUUGCCCCUGCUCACCAGUGAGCAAGAACCCCUCCUGUCCAGGGCAAGCCCCGCAUCCCUCAGAGCCUCGACAGAAGACGGACGCCUGUCCCCACUGGUGUCUGUGGACAGUCUCCUGGAGCAGGUGAAGGAAGAUUUCUCCAGCCUCUUGCCGGAUGAGUUCAUCAGCCUCUCCCCUCCCCAGGGCCAGGACUAUCACUUUGGCCUGGAGGAAGGGGAGGGCAUCAGGGAGCUCUUUGACUGUGAUUUUGGGGACUUCACCCCGCUGGAUUUCUGA